AUGCUGGUGCACACUUACUCCGCCGUGGAGCGCCCCGACGGGCUGGGCGCAGCGGCUGGCGGGGCCCGCCUGUCGUCUCUGCCCCAGGCGGCCUACGGGCCGGCUCCGCCGCUCUGCCACACUCCCGCCGCCGCAGCUGCCGCCGACUUCCAGCCGCCCUACUUCCCGCCGCCCUACCCUCAGCCGCCAUUGCCCUACUACGCCGCCGCGGUGCCCCGGCUCCUGCACGGCCUGGCAGACGGCGCGCACGGCCUGGCAGACGCGCCCCUCGGCCUUCCGGGGCUGGUGGCGCCGCCCAACCUGGAGGACCUGCAGGCCAUGGAUGAGCCGGGAAUGAGCCUCCUGGACCAGUCCGUGAUCAAGAAAGUCCCCAUCCCCUCCAAAGCCAGCAGCCUCUCGGCCCUCUCUUUGGCCAAAGACAGCCUGGUUGGCGGCAUCACCAACCCCAGUGAAGUCUUCUGCUCCGUGCCUGGCCGGCUCUCACUGCUCAGCUCGACGUCCAAGUACAAGGUGACGGUGGGGGAGGUACAGCGACGACUCUCGCCUCCCGAGUGCCUCAACGCCUCUCUACUGGGGGGCGUCCUCCGCAGGGCUAAGUCCAAAAACGGGGGUCGGUGCCUGCGGGAACGGCUAGAGAAGAUUGGGCUUAACCUGCCAGCUGGCCGUCGCAAGGCCGCCAAUGUGACACUGCUGACUUCACUGGUGGAGGGAGAGGCCGUGCACCUGGCCCGAGACUUCGGCUAUGUCUGUGAGACGGAGUUCCCAGCCAAGGCAGCUGCCGAGUACCUGUGCCGACAGCAUGCUGAUCCCGGGGAACUGCACAGCCGCAAGAGCAUGCUGCUGGCUGCCAAGCAGAUCUGCAAGGAGUUUGCGGACUUGAUGGCUCAGGACCGUUCACCGCUGGGCAACAGCCACCCAGCACUCAUCCUGGAGCCUGGAGUGCAGAGUUGCCUGACACACUUUAGCCUCAUCACCCAUGGCUUUGGUGGGCCCGCCAUCUGUGCUGCCCUCACUGCCUUCCAGAACUACUUGCUGGAGUCCCUCAAGGGGCUGGACAAGAUGUUUCUAAGCAGUGCGGGUAGCGGGCAUGGUGAAACCAAGGCUUCAGAGAAGGAUGCCAAGCAUCGGAAAUAACUGCUUCUUCCGUCCCAUCCCAAAGGGGCUCCCAAGGCCUGAGAUGAGGCCUUAGCUGCUGGGGCGUGGGCCUGAAAGGACAAAAAGGUGCAAUUAGAGUCAGGCCAGAAAAAGAACAUACAUCAGAAACCCCAGGGUUAGGGGUCUGGUUUGGAGUAAGGGAGGGUGGCCUCUCUAUGGUGGUUUGUUGGUAAGUUAAAGGCCCAGGUGUCUGUCUCAUGUGUGCAAUUUUCUUACCUUUGAUUGCUGAGAAGGGCUUGGACAGGAAAUUGGCAUGGAAAAAUGUGGCUUAUGGUGCAGAACCCUUCCCAUUAGGGUGCCUGGGCAGCAAUGGGUGCUCCUAGUGACCAAGGCCUUCCUGUUUUUUACUGAUGGCAAGAGAAAAAUUGUUAGCAAAUCAAGAGGUGCUACUGAGGAGUUGAUACCCCUCAUCCCAGAAGCCCUUUGCCCAGAAAAGGGGUGCAGGCUGGAGACCCCAGUGGGCUCUUUAGACCCCUCCUAACCUUGGAGAGAAGUAAGCAGAAGGGCCCUCAAAAAACAAAGAUGUUUGGAUCCCCCUACUGACCAGCUGCCAACAAACAAAGAAGAUAAAGCACAAAUUGCAGUACUUGAAUCCAGGC